AUGACUGCAGUUCCCUCUCAGAGUCGUCUACCCCUUGCUGCCACAACCACGUUACAUCCCCUCCCUGUCCUGCCUGUCCUUGUCCAAGUCACCAUGGGCAGUGUCAGUAGCCUCAUCUCCGGCCAUGGAUUCCACAGCAAGCACUGUCGGGCUUCCCAGUACAAGCUGCGCAAGUCCUCCCACCUCAAAAAGCUCAAUCGAUAUUCAGAUGGGCUGCUGAGAUUCGGCUUUUCCCAGGAAUCAACUCAUGGCAAGUCCAGCUCCAAAAUGGGCAAGAGUGAAGACUUUUUCUACAUCAAGGUCAGCCAGAAGGCCCGGGGCUCCCACCGCCCAGAUUAUACUGCCCUGUCCAGUGGAGACAUGGGCCAAGCUGGGGUGGAUUUUGGCUUGUCUACCCCACCCAAGCUUAUGCCCUUCUCGAGUCAGGUGGAAAUGGGCUCAGAGAAAGGUGUUGUGCGACCCACUGCAUUCAAGCCCAUGCUGCCCCGGUCAGGAGCCCUCCUCCACUCCUCCCCUGAUAGUGGCAGCCACCAGCUGCACCCUGCCCCCCCAGAUAAGCCCAAGGAGCAGGAGCUGAAGCCCAGCCUGUGUUCCGGGGCGCUGUCCGACUCUGGCCGGAACUCCAUGUCUAGUCUGCCCACACACAGCACUACCAGCAGCUACCAGCUGGACCCGCUGGUCACCCCUGUGGGACCCACCAGCCGUUUUGGAGGCUCAGCCCAUAAUAUCACACAGGGCAUCAUUCUCCAGGACAGCAACAUGAUGAGCCUGAAGGCUCUGUCUUUCUCUGAUGGGGGUAGCAAGCUGGCCCACCCGGGCAAGGCGGACAAGGGUGCCUCAUGCGUCCGCUCUCCCAUCUCCACGGAUGAGUGCACCAUCCAAGAGCUUGAGCAGAAGCUGCUGGAGAGGGAGGGUGAGCUCCAGAAGCUACAGCACAGCUUUGAGGAGAAGGAGCUGGCCUCUAGCCAGGCCUAUGACGAGCGGCAGCGGCGCUGCAAAGAGGAGCUGGAGGGCCUGGAGCAGAAGUGCAGCAGCAAGUUGAAGCAGGCCUCACAGAAGAGCCAGCGCACACAACAGGUACUGCACCUCCAAGUGUUACAGCUCCAGCAAGAAAAGCGGCAGCUCCGGCAGGAGCUUGAGAGCCUCAUGAAAGAGCAGGACCUGUUGGAGACCAAGCUGAGGUCCUAUGAGAGGGAGAAGACCAACUUUGCCCCUGCACUGGAGGAGACCCAGUGGGAGGUGUGCCAGAAGUCAGGUGAGAUCUCGCUCCUGAAGCAGCAGCUGAAGGAGUCCCAGACGGAGGUCAAUGCCAAGGCCAGUGAAAUCCUCAAUCUGAAGGCACAGUUGAAGGAUGCUCGGGGCAAGCUGGAGGGCAUGGAGCUCAAGACACAGGACCUGGAGAGCGCUCUGCGUACCAAAAGCCUGGAGCUGGAGGUCUGUGAGAAUGAGCUACAGCGCAAGAAGAAUGAGUCCGAGCUGCUGCGCGAGAAGGUGAACCUGCUGGAGCAGGAGCUGCAGGAGCUGCGAGCCCAGGCAGCCCUGCAGCGGGAGGCGGCUCCCCUGCGGGGCCUGGGUGCUGGGCUGGGGGCCGGGGCCACUUUCUCUGAGGACAUCCCUGCUCUGCAGCGGGAGUUGGAGCGGCUGCGGGCUGAGCUGAAGGAGGAACGGCAAGGCCAUGACCAGCUGUCCUCGGGCUUCCAGCACGAGCGGCUGGUGUGGAAGGAGGAGAAGGAGAAGGUGAUUCAGUAUCAGAAGCAGCUACAGCAGAGCUACCUGGCCAUGUACCAGCGUAACCAGCGCCUGGAGAAGGCACUGCAGCAGCUGGCCCGCGGAGAGGGUGCAGGAGAGCCUUUUGAGAUUGAUCUUGAAGGGGCUGACAUCCCCUAUGAGGACAUCAUAGCCACUGAGAUCUGA